AUGCCAGAGAAGUUCCUGAAUAUAACAGUUCCUGAGGAAGUCCUCAUUGUUCGCAACUCAGGCGCUCGUGCGAGACCUGCUCUAGCUAAUCUGGUAGCAUUGGACGAUUUGGUCAGUGUUGAGAAUGUGCUUGUCGUUGGACAUACGGAUUGCGGGGCACGCAAUUUCAAUGAUGGUGAGAUAAGAGCGCGGCUUAUGAAAAGGGCUCCUGAAUAUAAAGAAGAGAUCGAGAGGAUGCAAUUUGGAAAGAUUCUUGGCGAUGUUGAGCACUCAGUCAAGGAUGAUGUGGAAUUCCUGAAGGGAUCACCUCUCCUUCGCGAGGAACUCAAACAGAACAUUCAAGGCUAUCGAUUGAUCCUAGUUUUACUAGGUGAAUCACAAGUCAUGGCCGGGGGUGCUCUGGUGACUCCCGUGAAGGGCGAAAAUCUCGUUCUGCAAGGUGUUCGGCGUGACGCGACCGCACCACCACCACAACAUUUAGAAACAGCAUCAAAAGGAUUCAAAAGCAUGGAAGAUGUCGGCACGUCAGCAUCAAAGAUUCUUGAAUGGACCUGGGACAAGCCUACUACGCGUAUCGAUCAUCCCGUGUUCCCGGGCUUCGAACGCAAUAUUCAGAUCUACGCAUCCUCGAAUAGCGAGAGCACUGAAGCCAUUGCAGAUCUCAGGAAGCUGGUUGAUUCAACCCGCCAAGCAGGUCUCCGAUGCCUGUACGAUGGGCAACAACUACAACUACGGUGA